UGUCUGACGUCAUUAGAACGCGGCCAUCUUUCCACAGUUAGUGCAUUUGCUACUUCUCUUUUGGCUCAAUACAUUGGAAAUUGAUUGAUUUCCACCCAACUCGUUUCUCUGGAAUAUCAAGAUUUCAGACCGAAGGCCGGGAAGAUGAUGGAAGAAAGUGGAAUAGAGACCACCCCACCCGGCUCCCCGCUGCCUCCCCCUAGCAUGGCAGCCGCAGUCAACUCCCCUCCCCUGACUAUGGGCAUGUCCAGUCCCCUGUCCCUCCCCAGAACCACCGGCAUAUCCACCUUCGCCCCCGAGGGCUUCUCCACCCCCGUCCCUCUCGCUGUUUCCACCUCCAUCCCCCCUAUCCACUCCUCCAUGCCCCCUCCCUUCGGCAGCCCCAUGCCCGCCCUGUCCUCCCCCCACUUCCCCCCUCCGCCCAUGGGGGGAGCCCCGUACACCACCAGCCCCAUGGCCUUCUCCUCCCCCUCCACCUAUCCCUCCCCGCCCCCGAUGGGCUCUGUGGCCCCGCCUCCGACCGGUCCGGUGAUGUCGGCGCCACCGAUGGGCCCGCCCACCACGGGCUUUACCAUGAGCGCGGGCUAUGACAUCACGCGGGGGCACGCCGGACGCACACCGCAGACGCCGCUCAUGCCCAGUUUCUCCAGCGCCGCCCCGAUGCCAGGGGUAGUAUCCAACCCAAUGGUGCAGCAGCCCAUGAUGUCAGGGGGUCUAGACGCCGGCUCCCCCAUCACCUUCCCCGAGGUCGAAAACGAGGACCCCCGAGUUGCCAUUGACGCCAACGCGGGGGGCGGCAUUUGGGGUUUCUUCAAGGGCGUGGCAGGUAACCACAUGGUAAAGACGGUCCUGGAUAAGACCAAGCACUCAGUGGAAUCCAUGAUCACCACUCUGGACCCAGGCAUGGCUCCAUACAUCAAGUCGGGCGGGGACUUGGACAUCGUGGUGACGUCAGACAAAGAGGUGAAGGUGGGGGCGGUGAGAGAUGCCUUCCAGGAGGUGUUUGGCAUGGCCAUGGUGACCGGGGAGGCCGGCCAGUCCAACAUCGCCCCGCAGCCCGUUGGCUACGCAGCCGGAGUCAAGGGGGCCCAGGAGCGCAUCGACAGCCUGCGGCGGGCGGGCGUCAUCCACGAGAAGCAGCCCGUGGUCUCUGUGGAGAACUUCAUCGCCGAGCUGUUCCCUGACAAAUGGUUUGACAUUGGCUGUCUGAUCCUGGAGGAUCCUGGAGCUGGCAUUCACAUUGAGACCUUCACUCAGGCUACUCCACUGGCCUUGGAGCACGUCCAGCAGGCCCAGUCCCUGACCCCUCCGGACUACAGCCUCCGCUGGUCGGGCCUGCUGGUGACGGUGGGUGAGGUGCUGGAGCGCAAUGUGCCCAACGUGUCGCGCACGGACUGGCACCAGGCCUUUACGGGCAUGUCUCGCCGCCAGAUGACCCAGAGCGCCGCCAAGGCCCUAGCGGGCAUGUACAAGCAGCAGCUUCCACCCAGGACAAUGUGAGGUGGCACCAUAUCCCCCAGCCACCAUGUCUCAAUACUGACAAUUAGGGGGAGGGAGAACCAGAGGGGGUUGGGCAGAAGAAGUGGCAGCUGUUUCGCCAAAUGGGAUUCCUACUCUGCUUCUAGCCGUCCGUCCUGAUUGGGCAAAAAGCCAAAUGCAAUUUUCUCGUUAUGUUUUAUUAUUUGUGUGUAGCAAGGUUUUAUGGUUUGAAACAUUCCGGCAUGCCAACUGGUUGGAGAGAACGAUGGAAAUGGAUUGUUCCUUCAAAAACAGGGAAACCAUACGUUUUUUCUAAAUCAACUUUUUCCCCCAGCUAAGGCCCAAAAAGAAAUGCAAUUUUUGAGAUAUCAUGGCAAACUAGCUCAUUAAAGUAAUGAUUAAUUAUUUGUAAUGAUUAUUUGAAAUUUGUAGAUUGUCCCCCUUUUAUUGAGAAAGUAUUGUUAUUUGUGACUCUUGAUGGUAAAUAUCUGAGAUCUAAUUAACUUUUAAUGUAUUUAACAAACUGUAUUCAAAUCAUGUAAAUAUGCAGAAUGCGGUGUUGUAUUAGUUUUGGAUGAACACGCAGGUGUACGUGUUUUAUAAAUGGGGAACGAUCCAGUGCUUUGUCUUUUAGAGCAGGGGAGUCGAACUCAUUUUGCCAGGUCCGGAGUGAGUCACUGAAAAUGUGUUAUAUUUCCAUUAUAGGUAGGUCCAUUAUAAUUUCUACACAUUUUCGCUUUUGGUUUGAAUCAUUUUAAAGUAUAUUGAGUUUGUUCCCCCCCCCACCCCCAUGUUUUAUUUUACUCAAACUGAAUUGGACCCUGUAUGUUUGACACCUGUGUUUUAGAGCGUAUAGCCAGUGAUCGUGUUGUACGUCAACCACCAACCUUCCAUUCCAUUUCUCUCUCCUUACCACAAAAAUCUACUUUUUUCUAUAUGAAUUACCUGCAGGCUAAAUGCUAUCUUGAGAUCGUUGCAUGUAACUUGUAUUUUUAUGCAAAUCUCUCAUUGACGGCAAUGUGGGAUUUACGUAAAAGUCAAUUUCACACUUGGCCCAUGUAACUCAAUGGAGGCUUUGGACUGAAUGAGCUGUAAUGUGUGCACCGAAAUAUCAGGGCCUUUAAAACCAUUAGUUGUAACGUUUUGUACUUUUGUUUGUUGUAUGUAUACAUGUGUACGUUCGUAUGUAUGGAUACGUAUGUAUACGUGUGUUAAUAUAAAAAUUGUUGCUCUGUACAUUAAUGCUACACAGGCUAUUACAUGCACACAUACUUUACAUGUUAGUGGAAUCCAAUGAUUUUCAAAUGAAGGGUGAAAUUACAUUAUUUUCGAUCUACGAAUUGGAAUGAUUCAUUGGAAGGUGUUUCCUCAUUGAAAAUGACUUGCCUGAUGAUUUUUUUUGGAGCCCAUUUUAUCUUAAGUCAAUCCUUUAGUUUGUCCAACGUUACCAUUGUUCUAUACUGUGUGAACGCACCCCUUACAAGAAAAACAAAAAAAUGUUACUCGAGUGGUAACAGAGGAGUGCAACAGGAAAACACAAAGCUGUAUAUGAUCUCUGGGUUUUGUUUGGAAGGCUUCCAUUUGUUAUUCGUUGCUGCUGCUCGAGGCUGUAGUACUCCCUGUUCUCCAAAACAUGGAAGUCCCAUGGUAGUGGGAUGCAACACUACUAGAUCAAGAGGUCAGUAAACAACUUUUCUGGGAUAGUUCUUCAACUAUGCCAGAAAAAUACUAGGACUUUGCUUUAACUCUUUGCUUUUUAACUGGUUUUAUGUCCAAAAGAUAGUGAUUUUCUGUGUUGGUCUUUUCUUGACUCCUAAAUGUGCCUUUCUUCAUGGGGAGAGAGUAAAGAUCAAUUUUUUUCAUA